AUGAUUCCCCUUGCAGUUAGUGAGUUUUCGGGGGCAAUGAGCAGAUCGAGCUAUCGUGGUGUCGGGGCUGACCACAGCCAGAGAGCGCGUCAACUAGACAGCCGGAGGCUCGCAGCAAGGAAGAUCCGUGGGUGGCCAAGGCACGGGACCGAGCUAGGGUCCGGGCGCGUAAACUCCUUUCACCUUGCCAGGCCCGGCACUGCUCCACUUCCCGACCAAGCCCAGCUCGCCACGAUCCUCAGAACCAAUCUUUAUCCCGAAGUUACAGAUCGGGUUUGCCGACCUUCCUUACCAACAUCAUUCUAUCGACUAGAGGCUAUUCACCUUGGAAAGCUGCUGCGGAUAUGGAUACGAGCCGGCGCGGUGUUCCCUGUGGCCCUCGCCUGGGUUUUCAAGGUCCAAGGGGAAGAUUCGGACACCGCAGUAAAUGCUGUGCUCUUCACAUUCCAACCCUAUCUCCCUCCUAGAGGCUUCCAGAGAACUCGGACGCUUAUAGAGAAGAGACAACUCUCCCCGGACCUCCCUACGGCUUCCUCCUAG